AUGGCAGACGAAGAACUAAAAAAGGCAUUCCAAGAUCUUCAAUUCAAAACAAAUGAAACACGAACAAGAAUAGCUCAAGGUGAAACCAUAAAGCGAAUUAAUAUUCAGAAACAAAAAGUGUCGGAAGCAACCCAUAAAAAUCUCGUGGCUGUUGCCGAUGACAUUCCAGUGUAUCGCAGUAUUGGACGAAUGUUCUUGUUAACGGACAAACCUUCAGAAUUAUCUCGUCAUGAGCAAGAAGCAUUGGAGUUCAAAUCAAAAAUUGAAGGAAUCGACAAACAGCGCGAAUACCUUGAAAAGGGACUCAGUGAAGCGGAAUCCAAUCUUCGUGAACUCAUCCAGAGCCGAAGAUCGUAA